ACAUGGCAAUAUUUUACUCGCCAUUUUGCAAUAAUGUCAGCCAAAUCAUCAGCUCGCGUUUUAAGUUAAUUUUUAUGUUGUUUUACUUGAAAUUAUAGUGAUUUUUUUGUUUUGAAAGAGUAAAAGUUUAUUCUGGUGCAAAAUGGAUCGAUUUAUAAGUAUGUGGAAAGUACGGGAGUUGGCGGAUAAAGUUACAAAUGUGGUGAUGAAUUACACGGAGGUGGAAGGCAAGGUGCGAGAGGCGACGUCGGACGAGGCAUGGGGUCCCACCGGCCAGCAGAUGCAGGAGCUGGCGUUGGCCACCUUCACAUAUGAGCAUUUCCCCGAAGUCAUGUCAAUGUUAUGGCGGCGAAUGCUGCACGACAACAGAGCGCAUUGGCGCCGCACCUACAAGUGCUUGCUGCUGCUGAGUUACCUGGUGCGCAACGGAUCCGAGCGUGUGGUCACCUCGGCAAGGGAACAUAUCUACGACCUGAGGUCUUUGGAGAACUACACCUAUGUUGACGACCUCGGCAAGGAUCAGGGUAUAAACGUGCGGCACAAGGUGCGUGACCUGAUAGACUUCAUACAGGACGACGAGAAGCUGCGAGAAGAGAGGAAGAAGGCAAAGAAGAACAAGGACAAAUAUAUUGGCAUGUCAUCGGAGGCGGCAGUGAUGGGAGUACGAAGUGGAGGUGGAGGUGGAGGUGGGGGCGGAGGUGGAGGUGGGUGGGGCGAGUACAGCGACAGAGCCGCGCCGGGCUGGGAUGAUGUGAAGGAGAGAAAUGAUGAUGAUGAUUACGAAAGAGAUGAUUCCGAUGGUGAUUACGGACAUCGGAAACCACAAAAAGAGAACGUGUAUAGAGACGCGGAGGUGAUAGACACCAGCCCGCGUCUCUCUCGCUCAGACAGAACUGAGCGCUCUGAGCGCACUGAGCCGCUCGGCAAGCCGCUCAGCAUCAGUCUGCGCAGUCCCGCCAAGACUAAGCCCAGCACACCGGUCAAAAAGAUUGAUCUAGGUGCGGCAGCUAGUUAUGGCAAGUCAGCGGCCAGUCCAGUGCCUGCUGCCAGUGCUCCGGUGUCACAGAACUCUCAGAACUCGCAGGAUCUACUGGACGACCUGUUCAAGACGUGCCCUGCACCCUCCAGCGGCAGCGCCUCCCUCGUACUAGAAGAUGACUUCGACCCUCGUGCUGAAGAGCAGAAAGCAGCAGACGCGGAGUUUGGCGACUUCUCCGGAGCAUUCGGUGCUGCUCCCGCCUCGGCCCCUGCCUCCGUCACCCUGGCCCCCGCCCCCGCCGCCCUGGCCCCCGCCCCCGCAGGCCUGGUCGCCGCCCCCGCAGCGUCCUCUGACGGUUUCGCGGACUUCAGCAGCGCGUUUUCACCACAAGAUACACUUGUUGCAACAUCACUUAACAACAAUAAUAAUGUAGCAGCGCCGGCAGCAUCGAACCUGGACCUGCUGAGUGAGCUGACUCCCCCGCCCCCCACCACUGCGCCCUCCGCCUUCGGGGAGCUGGACGCCCUCACUGGACACUUCUCAGCUAUCAAUAUACAAGGAAUACAACCUACAUUAGGUCUGCUGCAGCCGAUAGCUCCGAACAACAACAGCAACAGCCAACAACAACAACCUAACACAACAAACAACACGAAAACAACAAAACUGGGCGCCACGUGGGCUGAUACAACGGGGGCUAUAAACAUAGAUGUAGACAACCUACUAGCCCCUAGAUCCCCGAAAUCCGCCCCCGCCCCAUCUAUAAAUCAAUUAAAAUCCAGCCCCAACAGCCCUGCCCACCAACCUUUACCCCCCACUUCCUUCCCCAUGGGGUUCCCGACACCCCUUAUCAAUAAUAAUUAUAUAAUACCAACAGGAAGUAACAACAUCCGACCUCCAUUCUCUAACCAAAACUCAUUCCUUCAAUGAUAUUGGUUAUUGGCAGAUGUAUGCCAGAAAAGUUAAAGUUUUGGAGCAAAAUAAAACCUCAAGAUGUUUAAGUUGGCACGUCGUUAUAAGUUUACUCUUGUUUUAUACGUGCCAACUUAAAUGUAAUACUAUUGUCAACCCACGCAGUAUUUAGUGUUGCUAACGCUAAAAAAAUAAUAGUUAUCUAUUUGUAAUUGAAAUUAGAUUGCUCCAAAUCAUUAUUAGUAACCUAAAAGUGGGUUUGUGGUACGUUUUUAUACAGUUUUGAUAUUAACAGAUACAAUGGAAACGCAAACCCAUGCGUAGUAAUUGCAUAUCAAUGUAUAUCACAUGAUAUUAUUGUUAUAUGUUAUAUACUGUGUCUCGUAUUGAUGAUAGAGAUGUGCUGUCGAUUCUUUAAAAUAUCGAUAUUCUUUAUAUAAUAAUAAGAAAUUAAACGUAA